AUGAGCUCCCAAGUCAACCUCAAACGGCAACCACCACCUCAAAAGCAUGGGGUUGUCUCUUUUCCAGCUCCCCAUGUGAUGCUAGUCGUCUUCAACCGACCCAAAGCGCUCAACGCCAUGACCAGUGCAUCACAAUACGAUCUCGAAUCACUAUUCGCCUGGUAUGACAGUGAGCCGUCACUUCGAUGUGCUAUAGUGACAGGCGCCGGACGGGCCUUUUGUGCUGGGAUGGACUUGAAAGAAUGGGACCAAACGAAUGCUCGCCGCGCCGACGGGGACCACUCGGGUCAACCGCCAAUGCCACGCUCCGGCUUUGCAGCCCUUUCCCGACGCCAUGGCAAAAAGCCCGUUAUUGCUGCGGUGAACGGGCUGGCAUUUGGAGGAGGGAUGGAAAUGGUUGCUAACCUGGACCUUGUGGUCGCAGCCAAGGGUGCGCGCUUCGCGCUCCCCGAAGCAAAGAGGGGUGUCGUUGCUAUGGCGGGCUCGCUACCACGACUGGCGCGGACGAUCGGCAGACCAAGGGCAAUGGAGCUGGCGCUGACGGGCAAGAGUAUAACUGCGGAAGAAGCGAAGGAGUGGGGUCUGAUCAAUGCAGUCACGGAGGAUGGGCCGGCUGAUUGCGAGGUGCUAGAUCGGCCGGUUGUGAAGGCCGCGUUGGACUAUGCGACUAGUAUUGUCGAGAAUAGUCCGGAUAGUGUGAUAAUCAGUCGCGCGGGGAUUGUGGCGGGCUGGGAGGACGGGAGUGCGGAGAAUGCUAGUCGAUUGUUGAGUGAGAAUUGGGAAAUGUCGUUGAACGAGGGCAAGAAUCUUCAUGAAGGGGUAAGAGCCUUUGCUGAGAAAAGAGCACCACGAUGGGUGGAUAGUAAAUUAUAA